AUGACGGCGGCGCUGGCAGAGGGGGCGACGGCGGCGGUGGCGGAGGCGGCGACGGCGGCGGUGGCGGAGGCGGCGACGGCGGCGGUGGCGGAGGCGGCGACGGUGACCGCCGAAGAGGCGGUGGCGGCGGAGGCGACGGCGGAGAUGGCGAUGGCGGAGAUGGCGACGGUGGAGGCGGAGGCGGCGGAGAUGGCGGCGGUGGAGGCGGAGGCGGCGGAGAUGGCGGCGGUGGAGGCGAAGGCGGCGGAGAUGGCGGCGGUGGAGGCGGCGACGGCGGAGAUGGCGACGGUGGAGGCGGCGACGGCGGAGAUGGCGACGGUGGAGGCGGAGGCGGCGGAGAUGGCGACGAUGGAGGCGGACGUGGCGGAGAUGGCGGCCGUGGGAGCGGCCGAAGAGGCGGUGGCGGCGGAGAUGGCGACGGUGGAGGCGGAGGCGGCGGAGAUGGCGACGGUGGAGGCGGACGCGGUGGCGACGGCGGCCGUGGGAGCGGCCGAAGAGGCGGUGGCGGCGGUGACGACGGCGGUGGUGGGGAUGGCCGAAGCAGGCGUGGCGAUGGUGACCGCCGAAGUGGUGGCCGGGGUGCUUGCGGCAGAUGCGGCGGUGCUGGCGGUGAGGGUGGGGGAUGGCCGGGUGGCGGGUAGGGAGGCGGUGGCGGCAUUGCUUGCGGCGGCGGGCGUUGCGGCGGCGGCAGCCGCGGAGGCUUGGGCGACGGUCGAAGUCGAGGCGGCAAUCGCGGCCAGGGCUGUGAUGAGUGCGGGCUCGGCUUAG